ACUUUUCAUUUAUUUACUAUUUCCUUUUUCAGGAUUUCAGUAAUGCAGACACCACCCAUGUUCAGUAUUAGUGCUUGAUAUUUAUGAGAUCAAACCGGUAGUUUCCAGGUGACUCAGAAGGAUUUAUUAUUAUAUAUUAUACUAUUUACUUUUUACAUGGUCUUUUACCUGCCUACAUUAAUGGCUUAGAAAACGUUCUAUGUCUCCACAAACAUGGCUCUGGUUCCUGAUAAAAUUUAUUCCGCUGAACUGGUCAAAUAAGCCAAAUGGCCUUUACCCUACCAUAACCUGGAUUUACAAAGGAAGGGAAAUUAGCCAUUUAUUAAUAAUUUCUUUAUAGCUGACUCUCGGGUCAUUUUCACCUUUCCUUUGUGUAUUUUUUUCUACCACCAUCAAUCACGGCCCAAUCAUCUCCUGGUGUUAGCUGAAUACAGGGGCAGCCCUGUCAUCAAAGGCAGCGGGGUCGCCCUUAUCACCCUCCAUCCCACGGGUGUAGCGCUCAGUCCACUCUCGCCAAAAUGACAGCAGGAGCUCUGCGCCUAUGGCUCGUCCUCGCCCUCCAGCUGAGAUGCGUCAUCCUACUCGCCAUCCCGCAGGCCAGGGGGACAGCAGGGCGGCAGGACGGCUUGGAUGCGACAAAGACGGCGAGCAAGAAGCUGGACGCGUUGGUCCAUCUGAAGGAAUUACCUCGUGGUACGGGGGUGCCUCCUCACAAGAAGGCGCCUCAGUUUAUGUUGGAUCUUUUUAACGCGGUGUCAGUCUCCGACGGGACUCCGAAAAGCCAGAAGGAUAUUUUGGAAGGAAAUAUUGUGAGGAGUUUCGAGGAUAAAGGUCAUGCUGGAGAGAGGUUUCACUUCUUCAACCUAUCGUCUUUCAGCAGAGAUGAGAAGAUGAUUAAAGCGGAGCUCCGUUGGUUCAGAAAGAAACAGAAGUUUUACCUCGGAAAGUCAUAUGGGCCCCAUUUCUGUAAGGUGGAUCUAUAUGAGGUGCUGGACAGCAGAGUAAAGCCCUGGAGAGGGAACCUCAUCACCUCCAGACUGGUGCCCCUUUACACACAGGGAUGGGAAGUCUUCAAUGUGACUCAAAUGGUGUCAAAGUGGAUCCGCAACAGCCAAGAGAAUAACGGCAUCCUCGUAGUGACCACACUUCCUUCUGGUAACUGGAUGGAGUCAGUGGUGUCCUCAUCUAAGCAGAGUGGAGAGCUGACCAACACCAAUGCCUACCUGGUCAUAUUCUCAGAUGACGGGAGGACAGGAGCAUCGAACCAGUCAUUCCUGGGACAAGCCCAACCUGCAGCAGCAGCACCUGAACUCCACGGCCACCCCAGCAGGAGACGACGUGCAUCUCCAGAUCUCUCAUCCCACGGCCGCUCCCAGUCCUGCCAGCGGGUUCCCCUCUUCGUUGACUUUGAGGAGAUCGGCUGGUCUGGCUGGAUUAUCUCACCCCGGGGAUACAAUGCAUACCACUGCAAAGGCUCCUGUCCGUUCCCCCUGGGGGGAAACCUGAGAGCGACCAACCACGCCACGGUGCGCUCCAUCAUGCAUGCACUCAAGCUCUCUAGUGAUGAAGUGGGAGCGCCCUGCUGUGUCCCCGACCGACUCCAGUCCAUUAGUUUAUUAUAUUUUGAUGAUGAGGAGAACGUGGUUUUGAAGCAGUAUGACGACAUGGUGGCAUUAAGCUGUGGUUGUCACUGACUGGCUGCGCAUCUCCUUCACUCACUGGGACAAUAAUGGAUGGGGAGAUGAUGGUUAGCUUGAGUUCAUUAAAACACUGUAUUUUUGUGCAUAUGUUUAAAUAUUGUAUUAUUUGAGAAAUAAAACUAUUCCUCACCUA